GUGGUUUUUGGGAAGGUUUUAGAAGGAAUGGGUGUUGUUCGAUCUAUCGAGCAUGUUGCCACUGAGGAUGGUGAUUACCCCACUCAAGAUGUUAUAAUUGAAGAUUAUGGAGAAAUUCCUGAGGGGGCAGAUGACGGAGUAUCUAAUUUUUUUAAGGAUUGUGAUAUUUAUCCCGACUGGCCAGCUGACCUUGACAAAAAAACAAAUGACAUUACUUGGUGGAUGAUGGCAGUUGACUCUAUCAAAGCUUUUGGAAAUGAGAAAUACGAGAAACAAGACUAUAAGAUUGCUCUUAGGAAAUAUUGGAAGGCUUUGCUCUAUUUGAAUGUCUGCUGGGACCUGGAGGCCAUUGAUCAAGAGAAGAGCUCAUCUUUGCGGAAGACCAAGUCUCAGAUAUUUACAAAUAGUUUUGCCUUCAAGUUAAAACUGAGUGAUCUAAAAGGAGCAUUGUUGGAUACUGACUUUGCAAUUCGUGAUGGAGAAGAUAAUGUGAAAGCUUUCUUUCGCCAAGGCCAGGCACACAUGGCACUAAAUGAAAUUGAUGCUGCAGUCGAGAGCUUUAAAAAGGCAUCAGAAUUAGAGCCUAAUGAUGGUGGAAUAAAGAAAGAGCUUGCAGCUGCAAGGAAGAAGGUUGCCGAUAGACGAGACCAGGAGAAAAGAGCAUACUCUAGAAUGUUUCAGUAGAUCUUUAGGCAACUUUAUGGUACAUCAACAACCUUUCUGUUUGUUACUGCAUACUCUAGAAUCUGAGGGAUCACACAAAUCAAGAUCGUCCAUUACUGAUCUGCCAACUGAUUCUAACAAAGCAUCAAAAUUGCCAGACCAAAAACCUAGAACCCAUUUGAGGAGAACAUCUUCUUUUGAUAGAAUAGAAGAAGUUGUUGCAGAGUCCAUAGCUACCGAACUUCUCAUGCAAGCUCAAUCUUCGAAAACGGACCUACUUGAAGAUACACGAUCUGUUAAAGAUGGUCAACCCAUUGAAGAGAAAAAGCCUAGGCCUCCGAAAUUGAUUGAAUUUCGCAGUAUCAAGAUAAGUCAAGUGGUCCAACUAAUUUAAUUGGUUGUCUUAUGUUUUGUAUUGCCAUUAUUUGGUUUCUUUUGUCUUAUAUUUCUGUUGUUCUGCAUUAGGUUGAGCUGUCAAUAACAUACGAAGGGUCCAGAUUUUUUGUAAGUGAUCUCAAGUUGCUGAUGGAUACAUUUCACUGAGUCGAGUUCACCGGAACAUGGAGGAGACUGAUCUCUCGAGUUAAGAAGCAUGUUAUAUGGGGAGUCCUGAAGUCUGUAACUAGAAUGCAUGUCAAGAAAUUCAAAAACAAGGGACACAGUCAACAGCUAACUACAACUGUUGCUCAUGAUGGUGAAUUCCAUCUCCUUGAGAAUGACCAAGCUUCUGAUCAGAAAAGAGCCUUUCCUAAGCGUUCAGCUGAUGGCGCUGGUGAUGGAUUUGUUACUUCCGUUAGGGGGGCCUCUUCAAUAAUCAACGGCGUAAAGCCAAACAAUUUGUGCUACGAACUAUUAGGGGUGAAGAGGAGGGUGACCAACAGGGACAGUUGAGUGAUGGCGAUGCAUCUGCUGCAAGCAUAGGUAGUACAACUCAUGGCUAAUCCGAGUAGGGAGGAGUAACUAAUUUUAUGUGAACUAGGACUAUUGUUGAAUUCAUUUAAGGAGAUUUGUAACUUUCAGUGUUUGUUUAUUAACUUAUAAUAAUGGUUAUAUGUUCUUUCUCAA